AGGAGAAAAAUCGUUUUGGGUGGUCUCGGAAUUUCUUCUUUUCUUUUUUAGUUUUAGUUUAUUUUUGUAUUUUGCCAUCAUUUUUGUAUGUUUAAUUUACUUGUAUUCCAUUCAGAAUGUCCACAGUAUUAUUUUUAUGGAUUGCUUCAUUGCUUUGUCCUUUCUUCGGUGGCAUUUCCUGCUCCCUCAGCUACCACACCCAGUUGGAGACUCUUAUGAAUAGUGGGAAUAUUGGGGCAGAUCCUGUGCCCCAUGUUGAACAGAUAAAUGGUACAGAAAACUUCCGGAUACACCGGAAGCGUGGGAAGGAUGAGAAGACAUGGUUUGAGGGGCGUGAAAUGAAGCACGUCUACUGCGGGCGCUUCUCCAAGUGUGAGAAGCUGAAGGAGACAAUGUGUAUGGGUGCUAAAUUGCCGUACAACUACACGAGUCUCGAUCUCUCCGAUAGCUACAGUCAGGAGCAAAUCCUAGAUCGUCUGCAGACGUAUCAGGCACUGAAAUACGUUCCAAAGUGUUGGGCUGUCAUUCAGCCCUUCCUCUGUGCUGUCUUCCUGCCCAAGUGCGAGAGUAUUCAGGGCAAGGAGUACGUGUACUUGCCAUCCCUUGAGAUGUGCCGCAUCACAGCCGAACCAUGCCGGAUGCUGUACAAUACAACGUACUUUCCGGACUUUCUCAAAUGCAACGAAUCCAUCUACCCAUCCAAGUGCAACAAUGACGUGCGAGAGAUAAAAUUCAACGUAUCCGGGCAGUGCCUGAAGCCUCUCAUACAGGCAGAUGCAGCUGCCAAUUACUACAGUGACAUCGAAGGGUGUGGGCUACAGUGCAAGGAUCCCCUGUACACGGACGAUGAGCACCAUCAGAUUCACAAGCUAAUUGGCUGGGGGGCAACACUGUGCCUUGCUAGCAAUAUUUUCGCCAUUACCACCUUCAUGAUUGACUGGCAGAAUGCCAAGAAGCAUCCAGCUCUGACCAUCUUCUACAUGAACAUCUGCUACAUGAUGACGUGCUUCGGGUGGCUGGCACAAUUCACCCCUGGUGGCCGGGAGGACAUUGUCUGCCGCAAAGAUGGAACACUGAGGCAUUCAGAACCAAGUACGGGUGAGAAUCUCUCAUGCAUCGUGGUUUUCGUCCUCAUCUACUACUUCCUCAUUGCUGCCAUGGUGUGGUUCGUCAUCUUCCUCUAUGCGUGGUUUAUGAGCUUCAAAGCCAUCGGGAAGAUUCACGAUAAGAUCGACAAGAAGGGCUCAUACUUCCAUCUUGUCGCAUGGUCCCUCCCUCUUGUGCUGACAAUCACAAUAAUGGCACUGAGUGAGGUGGAUGGAAACAGUGCUGUUGGCAUUUGCUUCGUUGGCUACCUCAAUCAUCCCAUGCGUGCCCUCUUGCUGGGUCCCAUUGUGGGGGUUCUCCUCAUUGGUGGCUACUUCGUGAGCGGAGGAAUGUUGAUCCUUGUUAAAUUGAAGAUGGAAUCAAAGGAAAUCAUCUCAGCGAGGGCAAGCAAUAAAAUUCGCGAAUCAAUCGUCCGAAUGGGGCUGUGCACGCUCUUCACGCUUGUCAUCAUCCUCGCAACAAUUGUGUGCCAUAUUCAUGAAUUCCGCAACUCCGACGACUGGGCUGCUAGCCUAAAGGCCUACAUUCUAUGUAAAAUCACAACAUCCUACCACGAAGACUACGUGAAUACGUGUAAAUUAAAUAGCCGACCAAGUGUGGCAAUCCUGCAGCUGCAUCUUCUCUGCUUAUUUGCAUCUGGCAUUGUAAUGUCCUCGUGGGUGUGGACACAUUCAACCCUUGGCAUUUGGAGGCGCUAUAUAAAGGGAAAAUUUGGCUAUGAAGUGGAACAACCGGUGCGAAUGCAAAAGCACAAACUAAUUGCUCAGGCAUUUGCCAAGAGGAAGGCCUUUCAGGAGGAGGGAAGACUCUCAAUUAGCUUCCGGAAUACCCACACAGAUCCCGUGGGGUUGAAUUUUAACAUUGACUCCGCUGCAAGUCAGGAUUUUAGUUCGACGUGGGCAAAUAAUUUGCCGCGCUUCGUGAAUCGUCGAUGUGCCCUAACGGGUGCCGUGACGAGUUCUAGCCACGAGCCACGGAGGAAUUCCAUGGAUUCGGAGAUAAGUGUCAGUGUACGGCAUGUUUCGGUGGAGUCAAGGCGGAAUUCUGUUGAUUCCCAGGUUUCCGUGAAGAUUGCCGAGAUGAAGACGAAGGUUGCAAGUCGGGGGAGGACGAGGAAAUCCAAAAGAAUCCGAAGGCAAGAUUACGAGGAUGGGGAUAGAGAGCAGAGAUUGCUGGAGUACAAUGCCAAUCGAGCAUUGGGGGCUGAAAGUCAUAGGAAAAUGCGGAAAUUCACCAGCAAGGGGUACAAGAAUACAAAACGACGAAGCGCCUCAGCUGGAUUAAAUCCCAAAGAGAUUAAUUCUCUCCUGACAAAUGGGAAGAGUCUCCGGGCAUUGCUGAAUAAUGCUGCAGAGAAGAGAAUUUCUUCAGAUGAGGAGAAUGGCUCUGUGGCGUCCUUCUCGCGUCUCGAUGUGAUCCUCAAGAAGAUUUGCAAUCACCAAGAACCACCGACAAGUGAUGAGGAGAGUCAGGAUUUCAUUAUUCACGACAACAGUGUCAACAAGGAGUACAACACAACGGAUGAUGAGAAGAUGAAGCAUGUUUCGUGCAACACAAAUACCCUAGAUAAUGGCUUGUCGUCCAAUGAUGACUUAGACAUCAAAGAGGAUUGUCUGGGCAUACGGAAGAGUCGGCGGCGGCAUCGUAAUUCCCACAGUGGCAAAUUGCGCGAUGAUGAAUCGAACAAAGAGGCAAAAUCCAUGGAUUUUGGAAAUUAUUCCCAAUCAUCCUUUGAUUCGGAAAUCUCCAUUGCCCCACCAGUUCAUAGUUCCUAUUCAGGAGGGAAAAGUAAUUCCCGGAAUAGCAAAAGGAGCUGCGAUGUGGGCAUUCAGGCUAAUGCGUAUGAGAUUACAACGCAGCUCAGUAUGGCUGAGAAGGAGUCAGCAAAGGGUGCAGCGGAAAGUGCCGAGAAUCAACAGACUGUGAAUAAAAAGUGGCCAAAUGAGAAGGAAUCCGCCCUGAGUCAGACGGAUAAAUUAAAACUCCUCCUGUUGCCAUCAAAAUAAAAAAAAUUCUUCCGUGGAGAAAAUUUCUAUGUAAAAAGGGGUAUGUAUUGCUGAAAAGGGAGGACUUUACAUAGUUUUCCAGGUAAAGACAGAUUAGGAAUUUUUUUCCUUCAAUUUUAUGCUCUAAAAAAUAAAAAAAAAAAUAGACUUGUGCAGAGCUUGACGAAAAUUAAAAUUAAAUAUGAUCAAUUUCCUUCAAAAGAUUUAUUUUAAAUGAAACUUAAUUAAAAUUUAAAUUACUUUUAAGAGAAAUUCAGAGCAAAAUAUUCAGCACAAGCUCUUUUUUUUUUUUAAUUUUAUGAAAUUAAACUUGAAAGAAAAGAUUAUUGUAAACAACUCCUUGAAAUAUUUUGUACUCUAAAUGAGAGAAAUUGAAAGACUUUUCCCCAAUUUAUUUGUUAAGACGAAAGUAUAUAAUAAGAGUAUUUUAUAUAAAUUUUGUAAAAUUAUAAAUUCCUUUAUUAAUACUUUUUUGUAUGAAUAUUUUCAAAAUCCUCUCAGUGAAUAUUGCUACAUGUGGCAGUGAAAAAGGAGUUUAUUCAUUUUUAUUCGUAUUAUGACAUUUUGUUGAGGAUUGAGAAGCAAAUGCUCUGUUGAUUUUUCACUAAACUUAGCUGCGAAAAUUCAACAAUAUAUGCUUUAAAAUGCAAAAAUUCCGCCCCAAUUAGUACUUAUUUUUCAUGUUUAUCCAUGAAGCAUAUGCAUCACUGUGAUGUAUUUUAGCUUCAUGGCUAAAUAUGGGAUACAUGAAUCGACUCAUGAAGGUCAUGAAAUAAUUCAAAAUUGACCAAACUAAAGAAUUUUCAAAUUAAAAGAUUAUCGAUCAAAGCAAAGAUGCAUAUGCUUUACGCAUAUAGUCGAAGGCCCAAAAGCCACAACGUUUUGAAACAUAAUUUCUCUUUAAAUGCAUACAAAAUGUCCUUUAGAAUACCUUGAUUGAAAUUAAAAAAAAAAAGAAAAAGAUUUUCAAUAAAAGCACUGAAGCACAGAGCUUUAUUCAUUUACAGAGAAAUCAGGAAUCAAAAGCUUAUAAUUUUUGCUCCUUAUACCUCUUAUACAUCUUAGCCUAGAUCGAUAAUAUUCUAUUCUAAAAAUCAUUGAAUUUGGCUUUCUUGAAUAUUUUUUUAAUAACUGAAAAGUCAUCAGUCGAAGCACUGAAGCAUAUGCUUUAUGUGUUUAAAAACAAAUAAGUUGCAAGUGGGCGUGGUUUUUGCAUUUCUACAUAAUAUUCUUCCCAGGAAAAUCUGAAGUCUGAUUGAUUUUUAUUAAAUCUUAUAGAACCUCGUCAAAAAAUCUUUUUGAACAAAAGUGAAUAAACUCCUUUAGACAUUUACUGAACAAUUUUAUAUACUCAAUAAGGAUUUUUUUAGACUUAAGAAUCUCUAGCUAUGUGUUCUCUACUUUAGUGAGUUUAAUGAAAUAAAAAUAUUUUCUACCCAAUUAAA